UUAUAUAAAUUGUAUUAUAAAUCUAAAGUAUGCACAGGAUGUCAUACAAGCAACACUUGCAACAAUCAACUGGACCUACUGGAUUUAUUAGUAAUUUCAGUAUACAAUCUAUGCUGAAUUUAUCCGAUGAACAAGACUAUGCAUCAUCAUCAUAAUGAGAAAUACAGCAAUGAAAUUAUCAGUCAGAAUGAUGAUAUAAAAGAAAAUAUGACAAGUGAAUUAUCAUUUUUCACUUCAUAUAAUUCCUCCUCUGAAAUGACUACGCCAUCAAUGUCGACUAUCCAACAAAAUCAUUGGAAACAAAAGGAGUUCAGUAAAAGUAGACAGAAUAUUAAAGCCGAUAUUGAUAUUUUUCAUAAUUAUCAUCAUCAUCAAUUCGACCAUGAAUCACCAAGUUCUUCUACAUGGAAUAAUUCUUCUUUCAGUUCAAAUGACAAUAUAAUCACAUCAGUCUCAUCAGUUUCUUCAAGAUAUUCAACUAAUCCAAUUACAUUAUUACCACCAGGAUUAUCGACUACAACAAUAUUGAAUGAUGAAAAUAUCAAUCAUCAUUCAUCAGUAAUGACUAAUUUCUCACUGCCUGAAGAUACAUCGAAUUAUCAUUCAACAAGUGAUUCCCAGUCAGUAAGUCCAUUAACUCCACAAUCUAUGUGUCAUUCAUUAUCUGAAACCAUGUUAUCUAACAGGGCUUUAACUAGUUCACCGAUACAUGAAAAACGUAAAGUUAGUGAUAACAAUAACGAUAACAAUAAGAAUGAUACUGAUACAAAUCAUUUUGAUGAUAUCAAAGAACACUUUGAAAAUAAUGGAAAUAAACGACGAUGUCUUGAAGGAAACAGAGAGAAAAGUAUUGCUGGUGAAGAUGAUAGUGAUGGAGAAGAGGCAAGUAGCGAAGAAGUAGAAGAAGAAGAAGAAGAGCCACCAGAAAAUGAGGAAGAGUGUAAAAGUCAGGAGGAGAAAGAGUAUAAUGCAAAUGAUAAUGAUCUCCAAUCGAAGUCAAGUAAAACAAAGAGUAAUUCUGAAUCAGAUAAACCUCCAUUCAGUUAUAAUGCAUUAAUUAUGAUGGCUAUUAGAAGUAGCCCAGAGAAACGUUUAACACUGAAUGGUAUCUAUGAUUUUAUUACUACCAACUUCCCAUAUUAUAAAAAUAAUAAACAAGGUUGGCAAAAUUCUAUCAGACAUAAUUUAUCACUGAAUAAAUGUUUUGUUAAAGUUCCACGUGCCUAUGAUGAUCCUGGUAAAGGUAAUUAUUGGAUGCUUGAUCCAUCAUGUGAAGAUGUAUAUAUCGGUGGGACGACGGGAAAAUUAAGGCGUCGAACAAAUUCAUUACAACGUAGUCGACUGUUUAAUUUACGCUUAGCUAGUUAUUAUGCAUCAUUAGCUAGAACUUAUGCAAUGCCACCCAGUGGUGAACAGUUCUCAGCAAAUCCCUUCUUAAUGUUCCCUCAUCAUCCUCAUCCUCAUCACCCUAUGAUGACUCAUAAAUCUCAGUUUAUUCCAAACAAUAACAGUAACAGUAGUAUAAAUUCAUUUCAUCCACCAUCGAAUUAUGUACCAUCAUUUUUGGACGCUUUUAAUCGUAUUCCCAAUGAACAAGGAUCACCUUUUCCAAAUCCUUUUAUUCAUUCUACUUAUGAAAAUUUACCUUUCCAUAAAACGUGUCUACCGAAUAACUGUGAACUAGCAUCGGAUGAAUUAAAUAUGCAUCAAUCGAAUGUACACAAAUAUAAUCCUCUAUUAAGCCAUUUAUCUCAACCAGCAUCUUCAUCCUCUACAUCUUCAAUAUCAGCGCCAUCAUUCUAUCCUACCUCACAUGGAGUGCUUCAUCAAUUCAAUUCCUAUCCUAAUACACUAUUACAUCAUGAAUGUGAAGAUAAAUUCCCUGAAAAACAAUGGCUUUCAGGGAAUCUUAGAUUAGACUGUCCAGAUUCUACAAUAUGGAAUCAAUCAAAACUGCAUACUAGUUGUUGUUUACCAAUCAAUAAACAGUCAGCACAUGCAUCUUCAACAAAGAAAACUUCGGCCUCCGAUCCAAUUUUAAAGAUGAUGAUGACAACUGGUAUAGAACAGCAACAACAGCAACAUUCUGAAAAUUCUGAACAAAAACUUCAUGAAUCUAUGGAUUUAUUAUUAGGUAUGUAUGGAUCGCUUUUUAAUACGCAGAAUAGUAUAAUAAGCCAGACAAAUAAUCCCAAUCAUAGUAAGAAUAACAAAGAUAUUGAUUUGAAUUAUAACUUACCACUAAGCACAAGGAAAGUGUGAGUUAUUUAUGCGUUACUCAUGAUUGUGAUUGCAUAUAUAAUAACUUGAAGUCAAUUUAACCUUCAUAUCUAUAUGAGACAUUAUUAUUAUCUGUUUUCUAACAUCAAUUACUACUACAAUUACUAGUACAAUGAAUCAAGUUAAAGUUCACAUUUCUGUAUUCACACUCAUUUAAUCAUUAUAAUAACGACUAGUUCAGUUAAUUUAAUGAUGCAAUGAUGAUAGAUUCACUCACUAUAUGUAAGUAAAUUGAUUGUAAACAUUUGAUGAUGAUUGUAUAUCUUCUUUUUCUCUUUUUUUCCCCUCUCCUUUUGUCCCCUUUUACCUUUUAUAACUAGUCAUUUAUGUAAUCUGUAAAUUUCUCAUAAUGCG